AAUAUCACUUUGCUUUGGUCACUUUGGUCAUGCUUGAAUUCUUCAGGAACAUUCACUUUUGUUAUCCUUCUCCAAUCAUUUCUUAGCGAUAGCGGUGAUGGCCUGACAGUGCAACUUCAUAACAGACAUCUCGGUGUAGCACCAUACGGUAGCUCCUGUGAUAAAUUAUUGAAAAAGAUAGCGCAACCUUUAGCUCAAGUUUACACGAAUGUUAAAAUGUAUGGUGGAUAG